AUGGCACCUGUUGUAAGAGUCCUCACACCCCGUUCCAUCACUGUUGCCUCCCGCUUCGCUGCACGCAAUCCCUCCUUUCCAUUGCUUACCCGCUACACCACUCCCAAACUCCGUCUCCCUGUAACCAUGGAUAAGGAUCAAUCCCGCGGCAAGUCGACGGAGGGCCUCAGCGAGUGGAAGAAGAGGGCGCCCUACCGGAUCCACGAGUCGAAUGAAGAUUUCCCGGUCAGAUACGAGGCCAAUUGCCACUGCGGACGUGUCAAGUACCAGCUCAAGCGCGAGGAGCCGCUGGACUCGAAGCUGUGCCAUUGCUCGACGUGCCAGACGCAGCAUGCGGCGCCGUUCCAAUGGGCAGCCAUCUUCCACAAGGAAGACAUCAACUUCACCAACGGCCACCAUGACCUAGAGUGGUACGACCCGACCUCCAAGUCGAUCGAGCACAAACUUCCCUGCAAGGUUCGCUGUUCGUUCUGCCACUCGCCUAUCAUGGACGAGGGACGGAAUAUGAUUCUGCUGUUCCCGAGCUUGAUACACUUGAAGACGGAUGAGGACAAGAAGUUCUUCAAGCCCAGAUGCCACAUGUUCUACGGCCAGCGCGUCAUGGAUAUUCCUGAUGGUCUGCCCAAGUGGGAUGGGUUGAGCAACGAGAGCAACCUCAUCGAGGAUAGCCCGCCUGAUCAGGUGAGGGAGCAUGAGCGCAAGCAGGAGAAGGAGCGGGAGGAGAGGUUCAACAAGGGGGAGAACAAAUAG